UUCUCCGCUGAAGAACUCUGAGCGCGUGAAACCAAACCUGAAUGCUAACACCUGGCCAUGGAUCCGAGUGCCUCUGUCUCGCUCGGUUGUGACGUGAUUUCUGUUUUAUUCUACAUUUAAAAAAAAAAUGUAAUUACUGAUCGUGCUCUUAUCACCUCCAUCUGCUGUAUGUAUGUAUAUAUAUAUAUAUAUGUUGGAUAAAUGAUGUUGAGUCUCGCGACUGCGAAAAACAACGUCAAAUUUCUCAUUUAUGACCUGGAAUGUGCAAGAUAUGGAAAAUCACAAGAUUGUCAAGUGUGUGUGUGUGUGUGUGUCAGUUGGUGGGCUGGCCCCGCUGGAGGGAGGGGGUGUAUAGAGGGGGAUAUUUAACUUGAGUAGAAAGCGGAGAUUUCUGCACAAACACACUGCGCACACUCUUGCACAGCGCGAGAGGUCCGCGCGACCAGCUGUAAACUCACUCACUCACUCACGCGCUCGUCAAGUGUAGCACGCGGAGGUGCAAACUGAGGGAUACAUUAUUCACACAACGAGGGAGACCGGAGAUCGUAAAGACAUGAACACACCGAGGAUUUAAACAACAACAACAAAAAAUCUAAAACAAAAUCAUUGUUCAGGAAAUCCGACGCAGGGUGAAAUGGCAUGACAUGAUGUCCACGCAGAGCUCUUGAGAAGAGAGUUGGCUUCUGCACGCGGAGGACACACUCACGAAAUUGUGUCCUAAAAGGAAAGCACUGGAUACGCAUUUUUAGACUUCAGUGAAGGAGCUGCUGGUGAAAUUCUUGAAAAUUUUUUAAAAAGCUGCUAGAAGGAGGAGGAACCGGGGGCAGCGCCGCGGCGGCGGGACCGACUGGAGCCGAGAGAGAGAGGGAGAGAGAGAGAGAGAGAGAGAGAGAGUAAAAAUAAACUCUCUCUCUCUUCCUCGUGACAUUUAAAAACGCACCGGCACGAGGAGAGGACACAUCCGGGUCUCCCGGUGAACGCAACGUACGCGGGUGGGAAGUCUCCGUCCCAUGUCGCGCGCAGCGACAGGGACUGUCACACACACACACAGAGAGAGAGAGAGAGAGAGAGAGAGAGAGAGAGAGUGUCACCCAUGUCGCUAUGGUGACCGAUUGAACUGAGGGAGACUCGCGUGCGCAGGAGGAGGAGGGUGAAGGCAAAAAGGCUGCACGACAAGAGACGUGUUUGAAGUUUGUUUUGAAAAAGUGCUUGUCUGAGGAUUGCUUCCCUUUUUGGGUGAGAUAUUUGAUCUAAGCGCGAGGAGAGGAAAAAUAGAGACAGAGAGGAGAGAGGAGAGAAAGCGCCCGCGCGUUCCAUGCAACUCCGGUUCCAGGUCAUUCAAACCGCGCCGCUGUAUUUAAAAGAAGGAAGCUGUCGUGCUGCUUGGACUACUGUUUAUGUUGCGCGCGCGCGGAUCUGGGAGCGCACGUUAUUAACCCACCCCCCUAUCCGUUCUUCUUCUUCUUCGUCUUCUUCUACAUUACCGAGAUAUAAUCGCCAUGCGACUAUCCCGCGCGCUGCUGCUCGUCUGCGCUCUGUUGACGCUCGUGCUGCUGGUGUGCGCACGCCGUGGCGCCGACGCUGCUCACCGUUACUUGAGGCUUCGCCCUUCGCCGAGCGAGCACCUCCCUGUACCGGACCUGAUAGAGGACCCGGACCCGGAGUACGACCCGCGCGAGCAGGAUCUGUCCGAACGCGCGCUGCGCAAGAAGCUGGGCAGCGGCUACGACGGCGACUUCAUGUCCGUGAGCGCGCCCAUGCAGCUGCUAAUCAUCAACUCCACCACCACCACCGCGAGUCCGAGCUCCUCUGCGUACGCGCACGCACCCAGCGGUGCCAUGCCGGCCGAGAUCAGGAGGCUGGACCUGACGCAGACGCCAUACGGGCUCCGUGUGAAGGUGGGCAAGAAGGCGCGGCGAAAGUUCCUGCAGUGGCUGUGGACGCACACGCACUGCCCCGUCGUCCACGUGUGGAAGGAUCUCGGCGUGCGCUUCUGGCCGCGUUACGUCAAAGAGGGACACUGCUUCAGCGAGCGCUCGUGUUCACUACCUGAGGGUAUGUUCUGCAAACCGACCAAGUCCGUCACCAAGACGUUCCUGCGCUGGUACUGCCAGGGCUUCCUGCCCCAGAAAUACUGCACGUGGAUUCCCGUGCACUACCCCAUCAUCUCUGAGUGCAAGUGCUCCUGCUGAGUGCGCGCGCAGUGUGUGUGUGUGUGUGUGUGUGUGUGAGAGAGAGAGAGAGAGAGAGAUAAAUAAUAUUAAUAUGAGACAAAGAAAAAGCACGAGAGAGUGGGCGCGUUUACGCGACACCUCUGUGAAGAUGCACGGACUGAAGUGUGCUCUUCUGAUGACAAACAAUAAAUUACAGUAAUUCUAAUAAUUAUAGUAAUAAUAAUUUUAUUGUUGCACUGUGUUCUCGCGAACUGAAAAGUGUGUGUGUGUGCGCGCGCGCGCGCGUAUGUGUGUGUGUGGUGUGUGAGGCGCCAUAUAGCAAAUCUAUUUUUUUAUAUAUAGCAUUUUGAUUUAAAAAUGAAAUAAUAAUAUACCUGUACAUAUUUAAAUGAAAAAAGACGGAAAGGAUGCAGCUACUUGUUAUCGUUAUUAUUAUUUUAUUAUUGUUGUUGUUGUUGUGUAAAAUGAGCAGGACCACGCGCACAGAGGAGAACUUUUCCGGAAGUGCUCUUGUCCCGGAAGUGCUUUAACUGACUGACUGACUCACUGCCAUGCUGCCUACAGCUUUUUAUAUCCUAUUAAUAAUCAGUGAUAAUUAUAAUAGUAAUAACAUAAAUAAUUAUAAAAUGGAACAUUAAGGAUGAAAUUCUAUAUUUUAAGCGUGAAUUAUAGAGUAUUUUGUUGUUGAAAAUAGUAUUUUAGUAAAUACUGUGUCAUGUUUAUUAUUUAUUGUUGUAACUUGUGUUGAGUUUAGAGACAGAAAUGAAACCAGAGCAGAGAGCGAGCAGUGUACAACGCCUUGGAGACACAGUUUAGCAAUAAAAUCUCAAAACCUCUCUGAUCAACUGGAUAGUGUGUGUGUGUGUGUGUAGCAGUGGGUUUCUCAGACACUGGGCUUCGUUUAUCACACUGGAUGUAAAGUAAUUUACUGUAUAAUUGUUUGUAGAGUGUUUUUAUGAAAGUACGGUUAGUUUGGAAAAACGUGUCAAGGAGACGCAUUAACGUGAACCUUGCUUUCAAGGCAUAGAAUUGUCGUUGAGUGACUGUGAUUUUAUAAAUAUUCAAAUGUUUAUAUCAUUUAUUUAUUUAAGUUACAUCACAGUUUUGUGAAACUUAGACGCUUCAUAUUAAUGACUUGGGAAAAAAAGCAAUUCCAAAAUAAUUCUGUAAAUAAACAGAAAUUAAGCUAAUAGUUGAGCAUGAAUCUAGUGAAAGGGGAAGUUCGGAUCUAUAAGCGGUGCACUGCAGUGGCCAGGCUGCGUUACUGGACACAGGAAAUCUUUCUCUCUUUAUUUAUUUGGUCAUUUUUAUAUUUGUGAGCUUUGCAUUUUAUGGCGUUUUGUGGGCGUGGCUAAAUAUAAAUCAUUUGUGUCAUAAAUCUGCUUGCUAAUUUGUACAUGAUUGGCUUUUCAAUUUGCCCUAAAAAUGACACCGUAAACACUGAGAUAAUCUGAAAUCAUUAGCAGGAGCAGAUUCCAAACUACUGCACUUUAGCUUACCAUCAUGCACCAACAUGACCAAGAUAAAUCUCAGAAGAAAUGAGUGUAAAGGUAAAGAGUGUAAAAGCUGAAGUUAAACGCUGACAAAUGAGACUUUUCCAUUCUGGAAAAAGUAAACAUCAAAGUAAAGUUCUAUGUAAUUUUCAGUAAUGACUUAAGUAAAAGUAAAUUUUAAUAAGAGUGUAUCUGUCUCAAACAUGUAACACACUGGUCACUUCUAGGCAACUCCAAUCAAGUGCACUAUUAAUACAGAAAUGGCAGAUUUUGUGCUCAACAUUCACUCCCUGCUCUACAUAUGACAAACAUCUAGAACAGUCCACUACAUAGUGUUUAGUGCAAGAAUGCAGUGUGUAGUGUGUGAUUUGAGACAG